GGCUAACGCGGCACUUGUGCUGUGUAGUCUGUCUCUGCAGUUGUGAGGAUGCUAGAUGCUGCUUUAAUUCAACGUCAGAUCAAGUUUGAUCAAUAUCCCCCUGCUGGCCCAAUUGGAAGAGCCUUAUUCACAAUCCUCUCUGGUCCUCCCGGUCUACCACCAUCUUUGGGAUACCUCACUUAUUUUCUUCAGUGGCAGAGAAUUUGAUCCGCAACUCAGUUUGCAUCUCAACCUGACUGGGGCACUGUGAAAGAAAAAGAAAAGAAAGGAAGACUGAAGAAAAAAACCGGAGGAUUUCAGCGUUGCAAAGCUGUGAAUAUAUGCUUCUGCCUUUUCACUUUCGUUUUAGGAGUUGAAUUUAGAGGUUGGAGAAAAUGGGACGUAACAUUGUACAGACAGUCUUUUUUCUGUUGUGGCUUGUCGGUACAUCGUUUGGUGGCUUUCCGAACACGAUCAGUAUAGGAGGACUUUUCAUGAGAUCUACAGCGCAGGAGCACAGCGCUUUCAGGUUUGCCGUACAACUGUACAACACAAAUCAAAACGUGACCGAAAAACCCUUUAAUCUGAAUUAUCAUGUAGAUCACCUCGAAUCAUCCAACAGUUUUUCUGUGACUCAUGCUUUCUGCUCACAGUUCUCCAGAGGAGUUUACGCCAUCUUUGGCUUUUACGACAAGAAGUCAAUGAACACGCUCACCUCGUUCUGUGGGGCCCUCCAUACUUCCUUCAUCACGCCCAGUUACCCAACGGACGCCGAUGUUCAGUUUGUCAUCCAGAUGAGGCCAGCGUUGAAAGGGGCCAUCUUGAGUCUCCUUGCCCACUACAAAUGGGAGAAGUUUGUGUACCUUUACGACACAGAAAGAGGAUUCUCCAUUCUACAAGCAAUCAUGGAGUCAGCUGUGGCAAACAACUGGCAGGUGACCGCACGGUCAGUGGGGAGUAUAAGCGAUCCACAGGAGUUCAGACGCAUCAUUGAAGAAAUGGACAGGCGGCAAGAGAAGCAUUACUUAAUAGACUGUGAGGUCGAGAGGAUAAAUGCCAUUCUGGAACAGGUUGUAGUCCUUGGAAAACACAGCCGAGGUUACCAUUAUGUUCUGGCUAACCUGGGCUUCUCGAAUGUUAGCAUGGAGAGGGUUCUGCAAGGCGGAUCAAAUAUAACAGGGUUUCAGAUUGUCAACCCUGAAAACCCAAUUGUACAGCAGUUCAUGCAACGCUGGGUCCGCCUGGAUGAAAGAGAAUUCCCCGAAGCGAAAAACACUCCGCUGAAGUACACGUCGGCUCUGACCCACGAUGCCAUACUCGUGAUUGCUGAAGCCUUUCGGUACCUGAGACGGCAGCGAGUGGACGUGUCACGAAGGGGCAGCACCGGAGACUGCUUAGCCAACCCUGCUGUACCCUGGAGCCAAGGCAUUGACAUUGAGAGAGCUCUGAAAAUGGUACAGGUUCAAGGCAUGACAGGAAACAUCCAGUUUGACACCUUUGGUCGGAGAUCAAACUACACCAUCGAUGUGUACGAAAUGAAAGCCGGCAGUUCCCGAAAGGUGGGCUACUGGAAUGAAUACGAGAGAUUUGUGUACAUCACGGAUCAACAGGUCUCCAACGACUCCUCAUCUGUGGAAAACCGAACGAUCAUAGUCACAACCAUCAUGGAAGCUCCGUACGUGAUGCUAAAGAAAAACUACGAGCAGCUGGAAGGGAAUGAGAGAUACGAAGGCUACUGUGUCGAUUUAGCUUCUGAAAUUGCGAAGCACGUUGGAAUAAAAUACAAACUGUCGGUUGUGGCAGAUGGAAAAUAUGGUGCGAGGGACUCAGAAACUAAGAUAUGGAACGGUAUGGUGGGUGAACUCGUAUAUGGGAGAGCAGAUAUAGCUGUUGCACCGCUUACUAUAACACUGGUACGAGAAGAAAUGAUUGACUUUUCUAAACCCUUUAUGAGCUUGGGGAUCUCCAUUAUGAUAAAGAAGCCUCAAAAGUCCAAACCUGGAGUGUUCUCCUUCCUGGACCCAUUGGCCUAUGAAAUUUGGAUGUGUAUAGUGUUUGCCUAUAUCGGAGUCAGUGUGGUGCUCUUCCUGGUCAGCCGAUUCAGCCCUUAUGAAUGGCAUUUGGAUGACAAUGAUGAAGCUCGUGACCCCCAGACCCCACCGGACCCGCCAAACGACUUUGGGAUUUUCAAUAGUCUCUGGUUUUCUCUGGGAGCCUUUAUGCAGCAAGGAUGCGAUAUUUCACCAAGAUCCCUGUCAGGACGAAUUGUUGGAGGCGUGUGGUGGUUCUUCACCCUCAUCAUCAUUUCAUCCUACACCGCCAAUCUUGCUGCUUUCCUCACUGUGGAGAGGAUGGUGUCCCCCAUUGAAAGUGCAGAAGAUCUGGCCAAACAAACUGAUAUCGCUUACGGGACCCUGGACUCGGGCUCCACCAAAGAAUUCUUCAGACGGUCGAAAAUAGCUGUUUACGAAAAAAUGUGGUCUUACAUGAAAUCUGCAGAGCCCACUGUGUUUGCCAAGACAACACCGGACGGGGUUGCCCGGGUACGAAAGUCGAAGGGAAAGUUCGCCUUUCUUCUCGAAUCCACCAUGAACGAGUAUAUUGAGCAGCGGAAGCCCUGUGACACGUUGAAAGUGGGCGGGAACCUCGACUCUAAGGGCUAUGGUGUGGCGACCCCCAAAGGCUCAGCAUUAAGAACUCCUGUAAACCUUGCAGUAUUGAAACUCAGUGAACAAGGCAUCUUAGACAAGCUGAAAAACAAAUGGUGGUACGAUAAGGGUGAAUGUGGAGCCAAGGACUCUGGAAGUAAGGACAAGACAAGCGCACUGAGUUUGAGCAAUGUGGCUGGAGUCUUCUAUAUUCUUGUUGGAGGGCUCGGGCUGGCCAUGAUGGUAGCUUUGAUAGAGUUCUGUUACAAGUCCCGAGCAGAGUCCAAAAGCCUGAAACUUGCAAAGAACACUCAAAACUUUAAACCUGUUCCCCCAACAAACACCCAGAACUUCGCCACCUACCGAGAAGGGUACAACGUGUAUGGAACAGAGAGUGUUAAAAUCUAGUGUUGGUGGGCCAGCAGCUGCACACACGUUAAGGGCGACAUCCGUGACUGGGAGCGAUGAAGAGAAUGGCCGUGCCACGGGCCUCGACAGCCCACGGUCACGGCACGCCCCCCCCCCCCCCCCCCCCCCCCUCCCGGGUGUCAGGCCUGGCACGAUAAUCGUUGAUGACGCAACUGACUUGUUAUUUAAAAGAAGUGAAUUCUUCCUUCAGUGCCUUAUGGAACAUUCACAGAGCGACAACAGCAAUGCAACUCCUCACAGCAGUAUAUUGCUUUGCUAGAAAAAUGAAGAAAAAGGGAAAAAUGACACAUUUUUCUUCAACUGGGAAAUCGUACUUUCUGGUUCGGAUAAUUCAAGAACAAAAGCGAUCAUUAGCUGCCCCUGCACAAUUGGACAUGCCAUUCAUGUGGACAAUUGGAGAAUAUAUCUAAGCUAAGAAGAUACAAUGGGAGAGGAGGGAGUCUUCUUCCUUGGUUUAAAAUCUCCUCAUCUUCAUGCAGUUUGCUGACUUUAACAUCCCUUCGGCAAGGCAAGGCAACAUAUGGCAUAUUACAGAAUACUCUAGGUCCAACAUUUUUGUUUCAAUUACUAUAAAAUAUUAUUUAAAAAUAUAAUUUCUGUUGGUGUGAAAGAACAGGACACCAGUCUUGAGGCUGUUGUUGCUUUUAAAAUGUAUUAGCCCAAAGCAAAUGUUAAAAAGUGGGGAAUUUUUUUUUUAUUUAAGACUCAAAAAAUUUAUGUCCUGCUGACCGACUUGUAUAGAAAUUGUCUAUCAAAACUGUAAGUGUGAAAAAGGUGUGCAACUUUGUUUACAUCUAGUAAAGCCAACUGCAAAAGGAUGCGUUAGUGCACAGAAUUCAUUUGGCAUGCAAGCAAUUUCCAAACUUGAUUUUGUGCCAGAUAACUACUUAGCUAAUAUCAAAUCUGGGGAGGGAAGGGAGGGGGGCAUAAUUGUGAGUUACUAAAACAGACUGUUCAAAAGAGCACCUGCAUAUUAAUUACCUCUAAUGUCACAGCAUAUGGUUUUAUAGUGUUUAUAAGUGUUCUCUCCCAGGCAGUCACGCUGAUGAAAGGUCAUUUGAAUGUACAUGACAAGGGAUAUAUACUGGAAAGAAAAAAGCGACAUCCAAUUCUGAAGCACUUGUUACACCACUUUACAAUUUACAGUGUUUGGGAUACAGAGAAGUAGAGUUCCAAUUGUCAGCUAUCAUUGAGUUCAAAACUGAACUUGUGCUAAAUUCAUUUCUACAAAGACCUGGCGAUGCCUUUAUAAAUUUUUAGAUCUUGGCUUAGUUUUUUGUUUUUAAGAUGGACAUUUCUGAGUCAAGCUGUGUUAAGUUUUUUUUCUGUUGUGCAAAAUUUGGCAAACAUGGGGCAAGGAAAUCGUAUAACAUUUCAAUCUAGAGAUACCACUGUUAAUGUGUUUGACUUUCUCUAAGAAAAGUGGGAUUCCGCUGUCUUUAGGAAAUGCCAAGAAAGAAUGAAACCGUGCUUUAUGAAUAGAGCUCAAAAAUAUAGUGGAAAGAUAGUUUUCUAUAAACAUUUUAAAAAAAAAGAAAAAAAAUUGGAAAUAAGUGAAAAGAAGUUAAUGUAAAGAAAACCGUACACUUGUUCAAACAAAGUUAGUUUCACGAGAGCAAAAGCUUUUCAGAUGCGAGUUUGUUUUCGUUUUUUCUGAUUUUUAAAACUGCAUGUACAAAGUGGUGAUUGAGUAACAAUCCCUGCUACUUACUAAACGCUGCAGAGGGUCAGCUGUAGUGACUCCAGGACAUUUUUGUUUUGUUUUUGUAACUGCACUUCAGUGAACAGAAAAAAUGCCAAGCAACCUAGCGAUUAUUAAAGCAUAAGAAAUAAUAAAUAAAAAUAAAAAAAAACUGCAUGUGUGAACAUAAAUAAAUGAUAAAGCCUCAUUCAUGAGGUAUUGUA